AUGGAAGCAUCGUCGUCGCCGCCGUCAUCGCCAUUAAACUGUCCCAUAAUUUCGAUCAACAUCCGCGUUUGGCACUUCUGGUCGUUUGUGCUGAAACACGACUUCAUGCGCUAUAUCAGCAUCAUCCCAGUAGGCGUGAUGAAUGGGUUUAUGUUUGCGGAUUUGUACCGAGCGUGGGGAAACAUCGAUGAGGUCAUCAUCAACGCCUUCUUUGCGGUGCUUUGGUUCAACGCGGUGCUUCGGACACUGAUUUUGCUGUACAAACGUGAAACAUUCGAACUUUUCCUAAUGAAUAUUACCACCGUUUAUGAGGAGAUUCAGGCAAUGAAGGAUGAGUAUGUUGAUGAAAUUGUAAGAAGUAUCACAAAACGAGCUCGCAUGAUAUCGUACGCAAAUCUGGGAUUGGGUGCUUUCAUCAGUGCGUGCUACGUGGUCUAUCCGUUGUUCACCGGAGGGCGCGGAUUGCCGUACGGAAUCUUCAUUCCCGGAGUGAAUAACUUCGACUCGCCCCAGUGGGAGGUGUUGUACAUUGCCGAGACGUUGCUAACAUUUCCCGGAUGCUGCAUGUAUAUUCCGUUUACCAGCUUCGUGGCAUCCUGCACGCUAUUCGGAAUGAUUCAGAUCAAAACGGUACAGCAUCAAUUGCAGACAUUCAAGAAGCAUGGAGCUGAUAAAGAUUGCAAGCUGGUAUCAAUUAUCCGACAGCAUCAAAGGGUCAUCACGUUUGUGCAUGAACUGAACUCCUUUGUGACCUACAUCUGUUUCGUGGAACUGCUCUCGUUCGGUACGAUGCUGUGCGCGUUGCUUUUUUUGCUGAUAGUUAUCGACAACCACGCCCAAAUAGUAAUCGUGCUGGCGUACAUCUUCAUGAUAGUUUCCCAAAUAUUCGCCUUUUACUGGCACGCUAACGAACUUCGGGAAGAGAGUAUGGCCAUUGCCCACGCUGCCUACAGUGGACCGUGGUAUGAGUUGGACACCGGGAUUCGGAAAAAGUUCCUGCUGAUAAUCCUCCGAGCGCAGCGGCCACUGAAUAUCACAGUUGGAAACGUUUUCCCGAUGACUUUGGAGAUGUUCCAAUCGCUGCUGAAUGCGUCGUAUUCGUAUUUUACCCUGUUGAGACGAGUUUAUAAUUGA